CCAGAAUGCAGCACGUGACCGUUCAGGAUGCCCGUGACGCUCUCGUUGAAAACACAACAAUACAUUGAUCCAGAUGCACACAAGAUAGUUGGCGGGCUUCCAACCCUUCACUCAGAAUACGAGGUCCCUGGAGAACAUAUUGCCUUUCUCCGGAAAUUCUUUCGAGCUAACGAUACCCAAACAUUGAUGAAGCUAUUCCGGAAGCUGUACAUGGUAGAAUGUCGCCGAGUCAGUCCGCUCACACGGGCCGUUGUCGGCAUUGCAGCUACAGUGUAUGGCAACAUCAGGUCAGCUGGACACAAUCCUCUUGUGCGAGAGCUGCUGCAAAUACUCUCAAAGCCAAAUAUCCAAGCCCUUCUCUACUGCCACGACAUGAUCGCGUCACGGAACUUUGGACCAACGCUCGGGCCCGAGUUUAACGAGGAAAACGGGAUUCCUAAUGAUGGAAGUGGUCACGUGACGAUGAUUCAACUAAUCAAAUCGAGUGAACCUCUAGGCGCAACACUUCAGUACAACGAUGAAAGCGGAAGUCUGCAGAUAGCUCGUGUUAUGUUAGGAGGGGCGGCAGAUAGGAGCGGUCUGUUACAUGUCGGAGAUGAAAUUUUGGAGGUGGCGGGAAUGAGCAUCAGAGACAAAACACCAGAUGAGGUUGUGAAUAUGCUAGGCAAGAUGUCUGGCACGAUCUCAAUGAAAAUCAACUCAGGGACCCACAGACUCAUUACGUUGAGGGAGAGCAAGAUGCGGGUACGAGCAUUCUUCGACUACAAUCCUCUCUACGAUAUCCUUAACCCAUGUCCAGAAGCGGGGCUCGCUUUCUGUCGAGGGGAUGUCCUCCAUAUAGUGUCACAGGAUGAUCCCUGGUGGUGGCAAGCGAAGAAAGAGGGGGAGAGGACGGGUCGUACGGGGCUCAUACCCGCAAGACAACUCCAGGAAAGGAAUGAAAUAAUCAGACGUUACCAUAGCGACGACGAUCUCCGUUAUUGCUCCGGCCGUUCCUCGCGAGGCACAAGUCCUUGUCGUAUCAGCCCAAAGGUGCCCCGAGCCAGGCGUGUCAAGAAAACAAUGUAUCAGGCCCAACAUAGCGGAGGUACACCCGUGCUUCGGCGUAGAGAAUAUGACUUAGAAGAUAUACCAACGUAUGAAGAAGUGGAGAUGUUCCAGCCAAAAACAGGCGUAUUCCGUCCAGUAGUUCUCAUUGGUCCUCCUGGCGUAGGAAGGAACGAGCUAAAAAGGCGGCUAAUUUCCUACGAACCAGACAUUUUCAGAGAGGUUGUACCGUACACAAGCCGCCGACGAAAACCCCACGAAGAGGACAGUCGCGAGUACUAUUUUGUUCCGAGAGAGGAAAUGGAGAGAGGAAUCAUUAAUCAUAGGUUUGUCGAGUUCGGUGAAUUUAAAGGCAACUUGUACGGCACCAGCUACGCCUCCAUUCGAUCUGUGAUAGCAUCCGGCAAUGUUUGUCUCCUAUCUCCACAUAGCCAGGCGCUGAAACUGCUUCGGUCACCCGAAAUUAAGCCAUUUGUAAUCUACGUGAAACCUCCGCCAUUGGAAGUCCUACGCAUGACCCGCAGGCAGAACAAGGCCAUGAAAACGAUGGAAGGUGGCGUCACAAGAUUGAUGACGGAUGAAGAUUUUACCGACAUGUUAAGCAUAGGCGCGAAGAUUGAGGACAAAUAUGCACAUCUAUUUGACGCUGUUAUAAUCAACGACGACAUUGUAAAAGCGUCCAAACAGCUUAUGGUUAUCAUCAACGAACUUCAGUCCAGGCCUCAAUGGGUUCCCUUACAUUGGCUGAGAUGACCCAGAAAGAAC